AUGAGGGGAUUAUACGUCAAGGAAAUUAUCAAAGUCUUCUUCAUAGUUUGUAUCUCCUUUAUAAUUGUGUGCUGUACUGAGGCCUCAAAGGACAAUAGAAGAUUUUUGAACCUGAUGGGAAAUAGCAGUGGUUACAGAAAUUUCCUGAAGAUCUCUGAAGACUUGAACUACAUUUGCUAUCUUAAUAAAUCAAAAACGAGAAAUAUUAUACAAUACGAUCUGUUAAUCCCUAGGGUAUACAGUGCAAUGCAUCCAACGGGCAAUUCCUUGGUACAGAACGAAACCUACACUAUUGAGGAUUUCAUCAUUCUGCGAGACAACAAAAUGGUUCCUCCUUUUUAUAAGGUAUCCUUUUUUGCGAAAGUGGGUCUAAUCUUCCUCAGCAAUUACGAAUUAGCUAAAACAAAGCGUUUUCUGAAGCAAUUAUUGGGUAAAGCAAAAAGUGAAGGAAACAUGGUCAUUUAUUGCGAUAUAAAUUGCAUCAAACUGUACCUGCAGGAUUCACAGAAUGAUGUUUAUGAAAAAUUCGUGUAUAAAUACAGGGAUUUUGUUCCUUAUAGUACCUUAACAUUCAUUCUAGCGUAUUUAUUCGAAAAUUAUCAUUAAUUAAAUCGUUUUGCAUCA